AUGACGUCUACCGUCGACUCUCCACAGUCGAAUCGCUGGUUUGUCGUCCCGCGCCCCAUUCGAAAUCUAUUCAACCAUUUCCCCCUUCACGUAUACAGCCCCGAAGAGCUCCCCGCAAGGUCCCCCGCCAUCGUGCGCCAACGACCGGCCCUAUAUGUUUUUGUGGCAGAUGAAGAUGCUUUGACAGGGAAGCCGAGCUAUAAUCCUUCAUGUCUGAAGUGGCAGACUGUGUUGAGAAUCGCUGGUAUUGAUUUCGAUAUCGUACCUUCGAAUAACCACGCCUCGCCCUCAGGCGCAUUGCCUUUUCUCCUGCCACUGGCGUCGCAAGCCUCGAAACCCCUAACUGGCGAAAAGAUUCACAAAUACGUGCGCGAGCACGCUGUGCAUGAGCUGUCCAACAUCACAUCACCCCGCCUUGAAGCCUACCAAGCUCUCCUGACACAAAAUAUACGACCAGCUUGGCUAUAUGCUCUCUACCUCCUACCCGCCAAUGCUCCUCUCCUCAAAAGUCUCUACCUUCCUUCCUCGAUGCUCCUUCGCGCGCCUCUCCAUCAGACACUCCACGCCGCGGCCACUUCCGAAAUACUCAAGACAACACGACGUGCGACUAUCUCACCGUCACAACUUCUAGCCGACGCCACAACUGCCCUGCGAGCACUAUCAUCCCUACUAGGAGAGGAUAAAUGGUUCUUUGGUGCUCAUGGGCCCGGCUUGUUUGAUGCAGACGUGUUUGCAUACACCUAUCUGAUAGAUGAUAACGCUCUUGCUUGGCAGGACAAGUCAUUGAGCCAAUGCUUGGGAGGACUAGAUAAUUUGAAGAGGCACAAGGAACGGCUAUACAAAAAGUGCUGGGGAGUGGACACAUUGUGA